ACCAAUUUUUAUAAACAGAGAGUAUUUAUUAUCUUAUUAUUAUAUAUUUUAGUUUAUAUCUAAGGUAUCUCCUAUAUAAAUAACCUAAUUCGGCAAAGUGUAGUCUUUUCACCACCACACAAAAAAAACACUCCUUCCACAAUCAUCUCCAACAACCAAAAAUAAGCCCAUAUCAUCAAAUUUUCUCCCUUAGUAUCAAUGGGGGCAGAGAAUAACAAGAAUGGAGGAAAAUCAGGAAAAAGAAGACUAAUAUUCACCUACGGAACAUUAAAAAAGGGAUUCUCAAACCACCGAUUGAUGGAGGAAUUAAUGGGGAACGGAGACUCGACAUUCAUCGGAUCAUUCCGAACCGCAGAAAAGUAUCCCUUAGUAUGUGGACCAUACAGGGUGCCAUUCCUUUUGAACCUUCCCGGAAAAGGCGAUAUGGUAUGGGGUGAGGUUUAUUCUGUAUCGGAGACGGGCCUCGCCCGCCUCGAUGAGCUUGAAGGUGUCACCCGCGGCCAUUACCAGCGAUUGCCGAUUCAGAUAGCUGAUUUACCAAAUGGUAAAGAUUUGGAUUUAGAUACAGCGGAAGCGGAGGCGGAGGCGUAUUACGCGGAUGAAUCGUAUGCACAAGAGAUGUGGAAGAGGAAUGGUGAGGCUGGGUUUGUGAGUUAUUCUCAUAAGGAAGCUAAGGGUUAUGUUAAGCGUCAAGAUCGUCCUCAGAAUAUGUCGUUUCUUGACCACAUUUCUCGUUUUCUUUCUUCUCCGACUAAUACUAAUUCUUGUUAAUUUACUAAUUUCUCCUUGCUACUAGUUAUUUUUCCUUCAUUCUAAUAAAAAUAUUUGCCACUUGUUGGUUCUCAAUUGGUUUUGAUUUUGAGUUUGUAGGUAGUUUAUUUUACCCUCGAGUGUAAAAUUAUUCUAGCUCACAUCACAUCCCAUGUUUGAGUAAAUGUGAGUGUGUAAGAUGAAUAUUGUAGGCCUAGUUAUGCUUUUAUUAGUGUGUAUGUAUAGUAGUGAAAAUUAAUCUUUGAUGUACUUAAUCUAUGCAUAGUGCAUUAUUAAUUUCCUUAAUUAUCUUUGUAACGUGCUCCAAAUUUAUUAAUUCUCCAUUUCAUUUUAUA